CUUUCUCUAUAAAUAUAGGCAAGCUCUCUCUCAACGUCUUCAGACAAAACCAACCACACCACUUGUACCCCUUUGUCUUAUAAGUACUCUUCAACCCUACUAUUUCCCAAGCUCUCAAGCCAAAGUAAAAAACCUUCAAAGGAUUCACUUUUUCUUCGUCUAUAUAUACAUCUGAGCAUCAUCAAAGCCCUUCUGUCUACUCAUACCACAAACCGUUCCAUUCUUCCCAUAAUCACCGGGUGAUAUACACACACACAUAUAUAUAUAGAGGAGACUGAGAUGGGAAGACCACCAUGCUGUGAUAAGAUUGGAGUGAAGAAAGGGCCAUGGACACCAGAGGAAGAUAUCAUCUUGGUUUCUUACAUCCAAGAACAUGGUCCUGGAAACUGGAGAUCUGUGCCUACUCACACAGGUUUGAGGAGAUGUAGCAAAAGCUGUAGAUUGAGGUGGACUAAUUAUCUUCGGCCUGGUAUUAAGCGUGGAAAUUUCACUCAGCAUGAAGAGAAGAUGAUUCUCCAUCUUCAGGCUCUUUUGGGCAACAGGUGGGCAGCUAUAGCAUCAUACCUUCCAGGCCUUAGCCACAUCGCAGAUUUUAAUGUCACACUGUCUCACACCCAACUCGUUGACUUUUUUUUUUUUUGUUUUUUUUUUUUGGUUUACAAAUAUGUAGAAGGAUGAAUGAUAUUAUUUGGGAUAAAUCACUUGAUUGGCUGAAUAGUGUGGAAUAAGUUAAUUAACUAUUCUGAUCUCUAUUCAAAUGUUUUCAUGUUUUAAUUUGUUUUGAUAGUAACGAACGUUUUCUGAAACCGAACAGAAUUAAUCGAAAUUUAUUGAUAACAAAUAUUUUAAUAUAAAAGUAGAGAAAAUAUUAAAAUACACUAAAAAUCUGUAAGAAGAAUUAAUCUUUUUUGCUGGGAUAACAAUUAAUUAUUUUCAUCUAUGUUAUACACAUUUGAUAUGAGACCGAAUCCAAACCAAACCAACAUUUUUCAGACAAACGAAUUCAAAAUAUAAUUCGUUUUUUAUGGACCUUAUUAUUUUUGCAAACCUGAAAAGAUAAACUGUAACCCAAGCGGCUAAGACCCUGAACCAAAUGAACCGAAAAAUCCAUGCACAUGCCUACCCGCAUUCAUGGUUGACGACUAGUUUAGUUAAACAAAUUACCUAAGUACGUCCCAAGUCACGCUUUUGUGUUUGGACGUUUUGCCUAGAAGGUGCUGAUAUAAGCAUUGUCGUGGUCUCGUGGAGUCAUUUUAAGAGAAGGUGAUCAAGCUUUAACCAAUGAUCAAAAAAGGAUGAAACAAGUAAAAUAGGUCUUGUCGAAUUCGUUUACCCAAGGAUGCACACUUUUAACGUUUUCAACUUCAAGUAUUUGUUUCGUUUUCUUUCACCUGAAGAUACACAGAGUUAUUAAUUUGAGAGGAUUAUACUAAUAGUUUGUUGGAUUCAUCGAAACUAAUCUAAAAUACACUGAUUUAAUUUGAUUUGCCUCCAACUCUCGACAAUUUUAAACCAAGCCAAUAACGGUAUUGAUGAAUUAUUAUUUAUAAUGCUUAAAACACAACUUUUACAUAUUUUGUUUACAAAAUAACAGAGCAUUUCAUGACACAUUAUUCUGCAAACACUGGUACGUUACACAGAUACAAAAAAAAAAGAGAGAAAAAACCAUAUAUUAAUGAACAAGAUCCAUUAGGACAUUAGAUAAGCCUAAUGAGAAUGAGCCUUUAUUUCAUAAAUAGCAAAGUUCGUAAAGAAAUUGGGUAACUGUUAGACAAUCUCUAAUGGUUUUCCUUAUUUUUUGCUCUAUAAUAGAGAAACUCUAUAAUAGAGGUGAGUUUUAUUCCAACUCACCUCUAC